UGGGGAGCUUCUCUCUGUGUGGCUCAGAACGUCGCUAGCUAUCUGUAUAGGCUGUAGGAAGGAGGAAGGCGCUGGUUAGGGCGCCUGUUCGUAACAGAUUCAGGGGCGUUGGGUUAGGUGACCUGGCACAUACCUGGGCCACCGUAGUUUGGGAUCGCUUCUGUUCAAUAGGGCAGUCGGCCUGCAUCCAAGGCGUCUCGGGGACCAGGCUUAGGGUUUGAGUGCCAGGGAUCUGUGCUAAAAAGUACCGUGACAGCACGCCGCUGUCCAGUCGAUUAGCUUUUCAAAUUAUAUAAUUGCAUAUUGUUGAACGUUAUUCAUUCUUUGAAUUGCCUAGGGCUGUUCCUGGUCUGUUCUUAAUCCAAGGAGGAGUCAGGGUUCUGCGGCACCGCUGAGGCUGACGUGCCUUGUUUUUCUGGUCAGUAGGUAGGGUAGCUAGGAGAAGUUGGGCGGAAAAGUACAGAGCGGUCCGAAGAGUAGCUGGUUCUAAAGAGCUGGUUGUUGGUCGGCGGCCUUUGGAAUAUUGGGGACCCAUGGAGGGCUCAGACUGGGAGAGAUUUGUGGAGGACCUGCAGGAACCUGAGAUUCUCUUUGCUCUGGAGCAAGCAGGGGCGGCACAGGCCCAGUCACUGCAUUCGGCAACAAUUGACACUGCUCAACCGGCACUCCAGUCAAGCAACCAUGCAUGCGGAGAGGGCCACCAGCACGCGGGCGCCGCAGGUCUAGCAGUAGCGACUGCAGAUUUUGCUGCCUCGUUUCUGGCUGAGGGCGACGAUUGGAUUUGCGCCAUCUGCCGCGAUGUCAUUGCUGCCGCCAGCACAGCACAGGUCAAAGGUUGCGAGCACGCCUACUGCAUAAACUGUAUCCUGCGCUGGGCCACGUUCCAUACCACUCCGUGGUGUCCCCAAUGCCGCCUGCCCUUCACCAAGCUCUAUACAUACAAGACCCUGGAUGGCAGCCUGAGUGACGUCAUGCUUGAGGAGAGCGUGUGCCUCCUGUUGCGCGCCACCUGGUACGUCCGCGCCGCUGACACCUGGCAGGCCGAGAGCGACUACCGGGAGGCUCAAGAAGAGUCCUACUAUGACGACUAUGAGGAGGACGGAGAUGAAUACUAUGAGUACGGGGGCCGGCCCACGCUGCGCAUUGGCAAUCGGCGCUGGGGGUCUGACGGUUUCGUGAGGGGGGGCCGUAAGGAGGCGCGCGUGGUGCCCCCCAAAGCGGCGCCCUCGUCCUCAGUGGCGAGGGGCAAGGGCAAGGAGAAGGUUGGGGGCGCGGGGGCGGGGCCGUCUGGGAAAGGGAAGGAGAAAGUGGGGGAGGAAAGUGGGGCAUUGGCUGGGGGUACGGGCAAGGAAGGGACGGGGCGGCGAGCAAAGCGGCAGCAGAAGAGAGAGGCGGCGGACAGAGGGGGUGAGGACAAACCGCGGGUGGGGCUCAGGGUCGCUUAGGCGGGGGCAGAAGGGUCGCGGCUUAAGAGGAGGUGUUCUGCAUGUUGGCGACGUCCCCUUUUGCGAAGCUGCUGCGCCAAUAGAGUCGGGUCAGCAGCACUCGUUGUGCAGCCACAGGCUGAAAUCGGAUGGAGCCCUUCGUUUGAGGGAGUACUUGCCACAGUAGGAUCGCCUGGAUUUAGGUGACUGUCACAGCGGCAGGGGUGGAGUUCUUGGGGAAGCAAAGGCGCAUUUCUGUGGCUCUGCUUGAGAGCAUCAGCCAAGUUGCUGACAAAGUUCAAGGGCGCAAGUCAGCAGGCCGUUAUUGUUUGGUUGUGGCGAAAUAGGGUAGCCAACGUGAUGAUCUGAGCUCCUCAAGGACUGUGUAAAUACUUGUACAAACAGGUAGUGUUAGGUUGAUCGAAAGCAGAUGUAUAAAUCAAGAGUGUAUUCGGGUAGGAGGUAGUAGACCAUUCUUCAUGCAGAGCGUCGUUAAUUUUCUGCGGUAACAGAUGGCUCAGAUUUGCGAGAGUCGGUCUCAAAUUGCUCCUUGUCUGUUACUUCAAAUCCUGGACGAAUUUGCAUUAUCUCGCAUGACGCUUCCCCUUUUUGUCUGAAGUUCAGCUCGUGCAUACUGACUGCAACCGGCA